GGGAGGGAGCGUCGCGGGAAAGUGACGUAGCAGCAUGGCGUCGUCCGAGCCGGAGCGCAAGAGGAGGGCGAGCGGCGCCACGGAGAACGAGGAAGAAGACGAGGAAGAUGGGGAGCGCUGGGUCGGGCCGCUCCCGGGGGAGGCGGCCCAGGCGAAGAAGCGGAGAGUCCUUGAAUUUGAACAUGUCUAUCUUGAAAAUCUACCAUGUGCUUCGAUGUAUGAACGUAGUUACAUGCACAGAGAUGUCAUUACACAUGUGGCAUGUACUAAGACAGAUUUUAUCAUCACAGCAAGUCAUGAUGGGCAUGUAAAAUUCUGGAAAAAAAUAGAAGAAGGGAUUGAGUUUGUUAAACACUUCCGUAGCCACUUAGGUGUUAUUGAGAGUAUUGCUGUUAGUUCAGAAGGGGCAUUAUUCUGUUCAGUUGGAGAUGACAAAGCGAUGAAAGUGUUUGAUGUAGUCAACUUUGAUAUGAUCAACAUGCUGAAACUUGGCUAUUCCCCUGGUCAGUGUGAAUGGGUAUAUUGUCCUGGAGAUGCCAUAUCUUCUGUUGCAACAUCUGAGAAGACCACAGGAAAAAUAUUUAUUUAUGAUGGACGAGGAAAUAAUCAACCACUCCAUGUUUUUGAUAAACUCCAUACAUCUUCUCUUACUCAGAUACGGUUGAAUCCUGUCUACAAAGUAGUUGUGUCCUCUGACAAAUCUGGAAUGAUUGAGUAUUGGACUGGUACUCCUCAUGAAUAUAAAUUUCCCAAGAAUGUGAACUGGGAAUAUAAAACAGAUACUGAUCUGUACGAAUUUGCUAAAUGCAAGGCUUACCCAUCCAGUAUAAGUUUUUCACCUGAUGGCAAAAAAAUGGCCACUCUUGGGUCCGACAGAAAAGUCAGAAUUUUCCGAUUUUUGACGGGGAAGCUCAUGAGGGUCUUUGAUGAAUCUCUGAGUAUGUUUACUGAGCUUCAGCAGAUGAGACAGCAACUACCAGACAUGGAGUUUGGCCGGCGCAUGGCAGUUGAGCGUGAGUUGGAGAAAGUGGAUGCAGUAAGAUUAAUUAAUAUCAUCUUUGAUGAAACUGGACACUUCGUUCUCUAUGGAACAAUGUUGGGCAUUAAAGUCAUAAAUGUAGAAACUAACAGGUGCAUUCGUAUCUUGGGAAAACAAGAGAACAUUAGGGUGAUGCAGCUGGCUUUAUUCCAAGGAGUUGCAAAGAAGCAUCGUGCUGCAAUAACCAUAGAAAUGAAGGCAUCUGAAAAUCCUGUUCUCCAGAACAUCCAGGCAGAUCCAACAGUAAUCUGCACAGCUUUUAAGAAAAACAGGUUUUACAUGUUUACUAAACGUGAACCAGAAGAUACUAAGAGUGCAGAUUCAGACAGAGAUGUCUUCAAUGAGAAACCUUCUAAAGAAGAGGUCAUGGCAGCCACACAGGCAGAAGGUCCCAAAAGAGUUUCAGACAGUGCCAUUAUCCACACAAGCAUGGGAGAUAUACAUGUUAAGCUUUUUCCUGUUGAGUGUCCCAAAACUGUGGAAAACUUCUGUGUACACAGCAGAAAUGGCUACUACAAUGGACACAUAUUUCACCGUAUUAUCAAGGGUUUCAUGAUUCAGACUGGUGACCCCACAGGUACAGGAAUGGGAGGUGAAAGUAUCUGGGGAGGAGAAUUUGAAGAUGAAUUUCAUUCAACUUUACGACAUGACAGACCAUACACACUGAGCAUGGCUAAUGCAGGACCAAAUACUAAUGGAUCCCAGUUUUUUAUAACAGUAGUGCCAACCCCUUGGCUAGACAACAAACACAGCGUGUUUGGACGGGUGACCAAAGGAAUGGAAGUUGUUCAGAGAAUCUCUAAUGUUAAAGUCAAUCCCAAAACUGACAAGCCCUAUGAGGAUAUCAGCAUCAUUAAUAUCACAGUGAAGUAAGUCAGGUGUCGAAGGUUCCAGCUUAAACAGAAGAAUGUCGUCGUCGUGGGACCCAGGAAAGAACCCAGAAGGAAUAAAAGCUUUUUUGAUAAUUCUUGGAUAUAGGAAGUGCCAUGACAAAGCAAACAUCAGUUCUGCUGUUUUUCAUGUACCUAAAGUGCCCUAAGCCUGUAUUUCUCAGUAAAUUUGUCUUUUUAAAGUAAAAACAUUGCCAUCUUUCUUACAAAGCCUACUGUUUGUCUUUUCUGUGCAAGAUUGAAGGUGCAAAUACACUACAGAUUAUAUUCUAUAGCUUUUGUCAUGAACUGAGUAGAGUUUGUACCUUUAUCUGUGACCAGAGGAAGGGAUCAGAUGUAGGCUAGUAAUAAGCUCUUCAACAAUACGUACAUUCAUUAAAAAUUAUACUGUAAUAUGCUUUGCUAGGAUGACAUAUAUAAUUUACCUCAUCUUCCAAGAUGGUUGUGUGUGUGUCCAUCAGACUAAAUGAACAAGUGAUCAAAUUAUGCAGUAACAGUGCAUUAAAUCCUACACAAGUACUGGCAUUGCCAGGUUUUCUUGUGUCUUUUAAUGUUUCAUGUUAUCUUAGCCUCUGCACACUGUUGAUGGCUUGACUUUUACCUCAGAAAUCAGACAUAUUAAAACUUUUACUAGAAUACUUAAUUGACAUGGUUACUCACAUCAACCUGUUGCGAACUUGUGGCAAAAUAUGAUCCUGUGCCAGGCUGGAUAGUUAAGUCUACUCUAAGAUACGGUACCGUUAAUUUUGACUGUUCAUGUCCACAUAAGACCACAAGACUCAGGAGCUUAUGACUGUAAUAGCUUUUUUUUAAAAAAAAAAAAACAAAAAACAACAGUGAUGUAAUGCAUGCUAAUCAAAUUCAAAGCCUUUGGAAACUGCUGUCACAGGGAAACUGACACAGAAAGGCAUACUGAAGAAUCAGAUGAGAGUUUUACAGUAUACUGAAUGUACUGCACCUCUAGUUUUAGAUGACAAGACAAAUUUAUUAAAGAAAACUACAUCUUCAAAAGUUUUAGAUAAUUUUAUUGAAAAAAAUUAACAUUUUUUUUUCUGGGCAACUCAGACUGCAGCAGCAGCUCAUGAAUUAUUUCCAUUAAAAGAGCCCUUUCACUGCAAAAAUUAUUUAACAUCCAACAGUUCAGAAAUUAAACCAUCUCAGAAGACAAUCCUCAAAUACCACACAAUCCACAAUAAGUUUGAAGACAGCAUACAGCAUCACCACAUCACGUGAUAUGAUAAACCGUGAUUUUUUCUGUUAGCUUAAGCACACUGUUAUUGAGCCAGGAUGCUUUAAAGAAAGCCACAACAUUGUCACUGGAUGUUGCAUUCACGGAAGUUCACAAAUAAGUCAAAAUCUUGCAAAGAGUUAAUCAGUCUCAUAGAAAUCCUCAAAGUAAUGCUUGAGUAAGUUCUAGCUGAGGAAAUCCUCCAUUGUGCAAGUCAGUACACUAAAACUCAAGUUCUAGAGAACUGCUGAAACAAGCUUAAAUUUGUAACGGAAGCAGUUUACAUAUAGUAUUAACUUAUAAUACAGAUAAACCUCUUAGUGCACCACUUAGUGCACUGAAGAGUUCACAGACAAGUGCAGUACCUUCACAGUUACUUGAAGUCAUCUUAAAUAAAUUCCACUAAAAAACACUUUAUGGUAGUAUUCCACACAUCACAAGCAAGCAAUCUUUUGUGCUCAAAAAGAUGUAUAAGUAUUUUUCCUGUGCCCUCAAAUACACUCUUACAAUAAAAAAAAAAACAACAA